AAGCCUCAACCAUUUUUAUCUCUUGAAUCUUCCAUUUGCCUCUCGCUUCACUUGUGUCAUGACAUCACCCAACACCAAAAGUUGCAAUCCUCAAAAAAAUGCAAUCACCUUCACAAAACUCCAAAAAAGAAACAAAAUCACGAUUAUCGUCCUGACCUCUUUCCUAAUCACAUUAACACUAAUCACAGGCGCCUUAAUGACCUACCUAUCGCAUAGCAACACGUGGCUGUCAGAAAACUCGGCCCCCUUCAAUAGUCCCAUGCUUUUCUACACCGGUCCUUGUCGUGCCCAGCCUUGCUGGAGAGUACAAAACACUAUCAUCAACACAAAAUACAUAUUUGAACCGGACCGGGUUUUCAAUCUCGUCCUCCAGAAAUUGUCCCAAGAUCUUGAAGACAUUAUCUCCUUGAUUAAUGGCGGACCAAGUGUACAAAUGCGGGGCGAGUCACAUCACAUGAAUGUGAGUGAUGAUGGUGAUAAAAAUCAGACCGCUUUACAAAACUGUGUGGACUCGUUGCGCAAUGGAUCGGGUCAAAUCGGGUCCGUUUUCCAAAUCAGCCCGUUUCUGGGGAUGCAGAAUGGCGAGCAAAGAGGUCAGACGAUUAAACGGAUCAUGGCCGCAGAGGAGAAUCUCGACGCAUGCGCUCGUAGCCUGGAGAAUGACGUGCACGAAUGGACGGCCGCGAUUAGAUUGAAGGAGAAGGUGCUCCGAGUGAAGUUGCACCUGAGAAGCAGCAGGGAAAAUUUUUUUACGGAUGAGUACGACGACGUUUGGAUCAAGUUUUGGAACGAUUUUGUGGCUAAAUGGCGGAUGACGUAUGGGGGCGCGUUUCUCCUUUGCGUGGGCGGGAUGCAGCUGCUGUUCAUGUUUUUCUUGGUCUGGACCCGCUUCAAAUUCUGUUGUAGGUGAAGCAUGGAAAAUGGGCCGGGCCCAAUUAUGCUACCGGGCUCCAAAUGUCUCGUGAUUUUUAUUUUUAUUGAACACUGACCGCGCGUCGCAACACGGCAAAUUUAAAUUUAUAAUUUUCCUCAACUAACCUCUACUAACUAGUAGUAGUGGCGAGUAAGGGUCGAUCCCACGAGGAGUAUGAAUUAAAUUGUGACAAUCUCGUAUUAAUUGAAUUAAACUAGGAAAGCAAUAAAGAUGGGGGAUUGGUUUUAUAAAAAUAAAAAUAAUAAUAAGAAAAUAAAAUAAGAGAAGUCCAGUUU